GGGCGGGGCCGGACGGAGCCGGAGCCGCAGCCGGAGCCGCCCGGCCCGGGUCCUGCGGAGCGGCGGUGGUGGCACUGGGCCCCUUCUGAUGGGAGGAUGGUUGUGCUCAGGCAGUUUGGGCUGCUGCUCUGGAAGAACUACAUCCUGCAGAAGCGGCAGAUCCUGGUGACCCUCAUCGAGGUGUGCCUGCCGCUGCUCUUCGCUGCCAUCCUGAUCGCACUGCGGCACCGGGUGCACUCCGUGAGCCACCCCAACGCCACCCUGUACCCCACCCAGUCCGUGGAUGACCUGCCCAGCUUCUUCUCCUCCCGGCACCCCAGCAAUCCCUGGGAGCUGGCCUAUGUCCCCUCCAACAGCAGCGCCGUCCGGAGCAUCGCCGAGGCGGUGGAGAGAGCGCUGCCCAUCAACAUCCGAGCUCAGGGCUUUGCCUCAGAGAAGGACUUUGAGGAGUAUGUGAGGCUGGACAACCGCUCUGGCAGCGUCCUGGCCGCCGUGGUGUUCCGGCACCGCUUCCCGCAGAGCACGGCCCCGCUGCCCCUGCAGGUGGAGUACGAGCUGCGCUUCAAGUACAGCCCCAGGAACGCGCCGCGGAGCGAGCAGACGGGGCUGAACCCCAACCUGGACCGGGACUGGCACACCAGUUACCUGUUCCCGCUCUUCCAGCUGCCAGGGCCACGAGAGGCCAAGUUUGCCGAUGGAGGGACACCAGGUUAUCUCCGGGAGGGUUUCCUGGCGGUGCAGCACGCCGUGGACAGGGCCAUCAUGCAGUAUCAUGCCAGUGCCAGCUCUGCCAGCCUGCUGGAGAACAUCACAGUGGUGGUACAGCGCUUCCCCUUCCCCGCCUACGUCAACGACCUGUUCCUCUUGGCCAUCCAGAACCAGCUGCCACUGCUGCUCAUGCUCAGCUUCACCUACACCUCGCUCAACAUCGUCCGCGCCGUCGUCCACGAGAAGGAGAAGAAGCUGAAGGAGUACAUGCGCAUGAUGGGCCUCAGCAACUGGUUGCACUGGAGCGCCUGGUUCCUCAUGUUCUUCCUCUUCCUCCUGGUGUCCGUGUUCUUCGUCACCGUGCUCUUCUGUGUCAAAGUGAGCGAACAGGGAGCGGUGCUCACCAACAGUGACCCCACGCUGGUGUUCACCUUCCUUGCCAUCUUCUCCAUCUCCUCCAUCUCCUUCAACUUCAUGGUGAGCACCUUCUUCUCGCGAGCAAACGUCGCGGCUGCUGCUGGCGGCUUUCUCUACUUCUUCUCCUACAUCCCCUACUUCUUCAUCUCGCCCCGCUAUGACCUGAUGUCCCACAGCCAGAAGCUGGCAUCCUGCCUCAUCUCCAAUGUGGCCAUGGCCAUGGGGGCACAGCUCAUCGGCAUGUUUGAAGGGAAAGGGACUGGCAUCCAAUGGAGGGACCUCAUGAAACCCGUCAGCGUGGAUGACAACUUCACCUUGGCCCAGGUGCUGGGGAUGCUGCUGCUGGACUCGGUGCUCUAUGGGCUGGUGGCCUGGUAUGUGGAGGCCGUGUUCCCCGGGGAGUACGGUGUGCCACAGCCCUGGUACUUCUUCCUGACGCCCUCGUACUGGUGCGGGCGGCCCAGGACUGUCGUGGGGAAAGAGAAGGAGGAGGAGGAGGACCCCGAGAAGGCCCUGAAGAGUCAGUACAUUGAGGAGGAACCUGCUGACCUCGUGUCAGGCAUCAAAAUAAAGCACCUAUCCAAGGUCUUCAAAGUGGGAAACAAGACAAAAGAGGCAGUUAAGGACCUCACAGUGAACAUGUACGAAGGGCAGAUCACUGUCCUGUUGGGACACAAUGGUGCUGGGAAGACCACCACCCUGUCCAUGCUCACAGGGCUGCACUCCCCGACAGGUGGCCAGGCCUACAUCAACGGCUACGAGAUCUCCCAGGACAUGGUGCUGAUCCGCCGCAGCCUCGGGCUGUGCCCCCAGCACGACGUGCUCUUCGACAACAUGACGGUGGAAGAGCAUCUGCACUUCUAUGCUGGGUUGAAGGGAUACCCACCCUCCAAGUGCCCCGAGGAGAUCAACCACAUCCUGAGGAUCCUCAACCUGGAGGACAAGCGCCGCUCCCUCACCAAGGCUCUCUCCGGGGGAAUGAAGCGCAAGCUCUCCAUCGGCAUCGCCCUCAUCGGGGACUCCAAGGUGGUGAUGCUGGAUGAGCCGACGUCGGGGAUGGACCCAGCCUCUCGCAGGGCCACCUGGGACCUUCUGCAGCAGCAGAGGAGCAACAGAACCAUCCUUCUGACCACCCACUUCAUGGACGAGGCAGACCUGCUGGGGGACCGCAUCGCCAUCAUGGCCAAGGGCGAGCUGCAGUGCUGCGGCUCCUCGCUCUUCCUCAAGCGCAAAUACGGGGCAGGAUAUCACAUGGUGAUGGUGAAGGAGCCCUACUGCAACCUGGGGGAGAUCUCCCGCCUCAUCUGCCAGUACGUGCCCAACGCCACCAUGGAGAGCAACGCCGGGGCAGAGCUGUCCUUCAUCCUGCCUAAGGAGAGCACGCACAGGUUCGAGGCCCUGUUCACGGAGCUGGAGCACAGGCGGGAGGAGCUGGGCAUCGCCAGCUACGGCGCCUCAGUCACCACCAUGGAGGAGGUUUUCCUGAGGGUUGGGAAGCUGGUGGACUCCAGCAUGGAUAUCCAGGCCAUCCAGCUGCCUGCCCUCCAGUACCAGCACGAGAGACGCUCCAAUGACUGGGCCAUGGAUGACUCGAGCAGCCUGAGCGGCAUGACGGACAUGACAGAUGACAGCGGGGCUCUCAUCACCGAGGACUGCUCCAGCAUCAAGCUCAACACCGGGUUCUACCUGUGCUGCCAGCAGUUCUAUGCCAUGUUCAUGAAGCGAGCCAUGUACAGCUGGCGCAACUGGAAGAUGGUGGCGGCGCAGUUCCUCGUGCCUCUGAUCUUCACUGCCUUCGCCCUCAUCGUGGCCAAGACCUUCCCGGGCCCGCGGGACUCGUCCCAGCUGCGGCUGACACUGGAGCCCUACGGCCAGACCGUCGUGCCUUUCUCGGUGCCGGGUGCCGCGGGGCUGUCCCAGAGGCUGGCAGAGCAGUACGUGGAGCUGCUGGAUGCCCAGCGCCAGUCGCCGCUGGAGGUGCUGGGUGGCCUGGAGGAGUACCUCAUCUCAAGGGCCUCCGAGGAAGGGGGGGCCUUCAACGAGCACUACAUCGCAGCCGCCUCCUUCGAGGGCGCCGGGAACCGCACGGUGGUGACCGCGCUCUUCAACAACCAGGCCUACCACUCCCCGGCCACCGCCCUCAUGCUGGCUGACAACGCUGUCCUUAGGGUACUGGCGGGCCCCAACGCCUCCAUCACCGUCACCAACUACCCCCAGCCCCGCAACAUCACUGAGAAGGCCAAGGACCAGCUCAUGGAAGGCCAGACUGGGUUUGCCAUUGCCAUCAACCUGCUGUACGGGAUGGCCUCUCUCGCCAGCACCUUUGCGCUGCUGCUGGUCAGCGAACGGGCCAUCAAGGCCAAGCACGUCCAGUUCGUCAGCGGCGUCUACGUGGUCAACUUCUGGCUUUCUGCCCUGCUCUGGGACAUCAUCAACUUCCUCAUCCCUUGUGCUCUGAUGCUGGUGAUAUUCCAAGCCUUUGAUGUGCAAGCCUUCACCCAAGACAGCCACCUCGUUGAUGUGAUGCUGAUCUUCCUCCUUUAUGGUUGGGCCAUCAUCCCCCUCAUGUACCUCCUCAGCUUCUUCUUCUCAGUGGCAGCUACAGCCUUCACCCGACUCACCAUCUUCAACAUCCUGUCUGGCACUGCCACCUUCCUCGCUGUCACCAUCAUGAGCAUCCCGGAACUAGGCUUGGUGGACCUCUCUAAAACCCUGGAUAAAGUCUUUCUUGUCUUACCCAAUUACUGCUUGGGCCAGUGCAUCAGUGACUUCUACCAGAAUUACGAGUUCAUUCAGUUCUGCACCUCCUCUGUUGAAGCCAUUUUCAUCUGCAAGGCCUUCAAUAUCAGUUAUCAGAUGAACUACUUUUCCUGGGAGACGCCUGGGAUCGGGCGAUACCUGACCUCCUUGGCCGUCCAGGGUUUCUCCUUCCUCUUCCUCCUCUUCCUCAUUGAGACAAACCUUCUCUGGAGACUGAGAACUCUGGUCUGUGGCAUCUGCAGGCGGCGGAAAUGGGUGGCACUGCUGAACCGGGUGUCUGUGCUGCCAGAGGACAGGGACGUGGCAGAUGAGAGGAAGAAGGUUUUAGAGUCACCACCAGAACUACUGUCAUCUCUCAGCAGCCCUCUGGUCAUCAAGGAGCUCACCAAGGUCUAUGACAGCCGGGAGUCCCUGCUGGCAGUGGACAGGAUCUCCUUGGCCGUCAGCAAAGGGGAAUGCUUUGGCCUCCUUGGCUUUAACGGAGCAGGCAAAACCACCACCUUCAAGAUGCUGACUGGUGAUGAGAGCAUCACGUCAGGGGAUGCCUUUGUGGAUGGGCACAGCAUCCUGGCCAACAUCAAGAAGGUGCAGCAGCGGAUCGGGUACUGCCCGCAGUUCGAUGCCCUGCUGGAGCACAUGACGGGCCGCGAGACGCUGAGCAUGUACGCGCGGCUGCGGGGCAUCCCCGAGCGCUACAGCGGCAGCUGCGUGGAGAACAUGCUGCGGGGGCUGCUCCUCGAGCCCCACGCCGACAAACUCGUGAGGACCUACAGUGGUGGUAACAAGCGGAAGCUCAGUGCUGGCAUUGCCCUCAUUGGUGGUCCCCCCGUGAUCUUCCUGGAUGAGCCCUCCACUGGCAUGGACCCCGUGGCCCGGCGUUUGCUCUGGGACGCGGUGACACGGACGCGGGAGUGUGGCAAAUCCAUCAUCUUCACCUCCCACAGCAUGGAGGAGUGCGAGGCGCUGUGCACACGCCUGGCCAUCAUGGUGAACGGGCAGUUCAAGUGCCUGGGCAGCCCCCAGCACCUCAAAAGCAAGUUUGGCAGUGGCUACACUUUGCUGGCCAAGACACGGAGCGAGGAGGAGGGCGAGCUGCUGGCCUUCAAGGCCUUCGUGGAGAAGACUUUCCCAGGCAGUGUCCUGAAGCAUGAGCACCAAGGCAUGGUGCAUUACCACUUGACCAAUAAGAACCUCAGCUGGGCACAGGUCUUUGGGGCCUUGGAGAAAGCCAAAGAGAAGUAUCACUUGGAAGACUACUCGGUGAGCCAGAUCUCCCUGGAGCAGGUCUUCAUGAGCUUCACCCGCUUCCAGCACUACACAGAGGACAGAGGGAAAUGAGCCCCCCCGGUGCCCUUCCUCAUGGACUGGCCCCCAGCCUAUACAUAGUAUAUAUAGAGACAGUAAUUUAUAUAUCAGCGUGUCUUAAAUACUGUAUAAAUGUAAAACUUUUCACCGGGGAAGGGGGGAGAGGAUGGCGGCGUUUCCUUGUGCUGCCGGGAUCACCGGGAUUACUGGGAUCACCGGGACUACCGCAGUCCUUGUGUGUGUGUGUGUGCACAUGAGACACUGCCACUCUCCAGCCUUCAUCCCACCCACACAGCAAAAAAACCUGCCCAAAAAGCUGGGAGGAGCCUGGAUGGGUGGCGAGGGGUGUUGGGCUUGGGCUGGCAGAGGGGGAGUGGGGUGUCUCCCUGCUCCCCUCUUCCCUGCCCAUUGCUCACGCCCGCCUCGUGGUCCUCGCCCGCAUGUCGAUGUGUCGUUUGAUGGUUGCUCGUGGUUUAGCAGGAGGCUGUCACAUAGCUUAGGUCCAAACCGUCCCUGGGGUCACCAGGAUUGCCCCUAGAAGCACUUUGUGUCCAGCUGGAGGGACACUGCACAGCUCCUGUCUGGCCCCUGCCUGGCAUGGGACAGAGGAGGCUCCAUCUCCUUUAACUGCUUGGGAAAACUCUGUCUCCUCCUGCCUGCUUGCCAAGCCUGGCCUGAGGAGCUGGCACGGACCCCAGCCAUGCAAGGGGAGCUGUGUGGUGCCAGGAGCUGGCACUGGGUGAGAGGUAGGACGUGAUGCUGGAGCAAUGCCUGCAGCUCAGCCCCUGGAACAGCACGUGACGGGCAUGGCUGGAGAGCCAGAGCCGGGGCUGGAGGCAGCGGUGGGUGAGGGGUGCCCGGGGACUCCUGGGCUCUGUGAGAGGUGCCACAGGGUCCCUGGGGACACUGCUGUGCUCAGUGGGAUUUCACAGGGUGCCCGUGGACGUGGCUGUGCUCAGUGGGAUGCAUGUGCAGUGCCACAGGGUGCCCAGGGACGCUGCUGGGCUCAGUCUUGUGCCCAUGCAGGGGUUUGCCAGCAGCACUGCCUCACACUGUGCUGUGCAGCCACAGGACCGGUUUGAAGCCAGCGAUGCCCUGGCUGUGCCCGUGUCCUGCUGAGCUCACCCCCUAUGCCCCACACAGCUCCAACCAGAGCAUACCUGUCCCACAUCCCCAUCCCCUGUUCCAGCAGCGGGCGGGGAGCAAAGGCCCUGUCCUGCCCCUGCCCAGCUCUGGGAUGCUGCUGGGCACCAGCCCUGCCUGUACCCAGUCAGAGGCAGCAACUGGGAUUUCUUUUUAGCGUUUCCCAGUGGUUGGGUUGCUUUUUUGUUUGUUUGUUUGUUGGAAAUCCGUGUUGAUUCUUGUCUGUCCUUAACUAGUCCCUCUGUCACUUGGGGCAGCCCCUCCGGCCGCUGCCCCACGAUCAAUGCAGAGCUAUUUGCACUAUAGUACUACACACAAUUGCACAUAACUAAUUAAUAUUUAUGGAGAGGGGGGCUGAUUCCCUCCCAGUGAUUGCAUUGUCAGGGGUUGGGUUACAUUUUUGGGUUGGGUUUUUGUUCUUUUCCCCGUGACUGACUCAUUCUUUCCUGUUCCAUUUUUUUUCCCUUUGCCUAAUGUUGUUGUUCAGAACGAUGGUGCAUCAUGUUACUAAGAAUUUCCCCGGAUCUUAACAAUGUGCGUUUUAUUAGCAAGCAGCCAGCAGGUGAAUGGCAUCCCUGGACACCUUGGAGCCCUCUAGAGCUGCUGGCAGGGAGGGGUUGCUCCCUGGGAGCAUCCCAGUGGGCAGCAGAGCCAGCCACUGCCAGGGCAUCAUGCAGGAGGGACUCCCAGCACCAGCGACAUCCUUGGAGAGGGAAGAAAAAGGGGGAUGCUUUCUGCUGGAAGGGUGCCUGGAGCCACCAGCAAAGUGCUGAGACUCCCAGUACCUUUUAUUUUUUUUUCUGGAAAGGGACAUACAGCAGAGCCUCCUAGAUUUUGCCUGGGAUAGGGAGCAGUGGGAAUGUGGGGGUUGCAGGGGGUGAGAUGCCAAAUUGCCAUGGGCUGGCAGUGCCCUGAGCACAGCAGUAACAGUACAUGUCCUGUUGGGGUACUGGUGACCCCCUGCAAGGCUUGGUGCUGGGGGGGGUACACAGAGGCAGCAUAACCCCCAUAGUGCCCAUGAUGCCCUGGCAGAGCUGAGGUGAGAGGAGUCCGUUCACGGAUGGCAUCCCCUGACCCCAGCCCUCCCUCACUGGGGCCAUCCUGGCCUAAAGGAAGAAGGGCUUAAGGAAGCAGCAUUCCCCUGUCACACGGGGCUGUAACAUCCUCCCUGUCACCAAGGCAGGUGCUGCUGGCUGUGCAUGGUGCUGCUCCCAAUUUCAGUCACAGCCACAGUGCCAAGGCAGGGAGCAGGACCAGGAAUGGUCACCUGGCAGACAGGACCAGGAGCUCACCAGACAGGUGCUGCCAGGGUCAGGCUGCCCUUGGCACUUCUCUGGCCUCCCAGGUGGGAGAAGCAUCACAGGUCCCCGGUGGCUGUUACUCCCCGCUGGCUGCAGUGUGAUUGUUAUUCCCAUCAUAGGAAUAAUAAAAACAAUUCUUUUU